GAUUCUACGUUCUGGAAUAAAAUGUCAUCGAAAGGAUUGUUAGAGCGUCUCGCAAAUGGCGGACAAGUUCUCAUUGCGGAAGGAUAUGUGAUAGAAUUGGAGAGAAGAGGUUAUCUGCAGUCGGGAGGAUUUAUACCGGAAGUAGUUUUAGAACAUCCGGAGAUUGUCCGAGGACUACAUCGAGAGUUUGUACAUGCUGGCACCGAUGUGGUAGAAGCAUUUACAUACUACGGUCAUAGGGAGAAACUGCGAACAAUCGGACGUGAGGACGACUUAGAGAGACUCAAUAGAACAGCUCUUAAGAUCGCGCGAGAAGUGGCAGAUGAAACCGGAACUUUGAUGGCUGGCGGACUUUGUAACACCAACAUAUAUGACAAAGAUGAUGUUACUACACAUGACCAAGUCAAGGCGAUGUUUAAGGAGCAGGUGGAGUGGGCGGUAGAGGAGGGGGCGGACUACAUCAUAGCGGAGACAUUGAGCGACUACGGAGAGGCUAAACUAGCGCUAGAGGCAAUAAACCAGUAUGGGAAAGGUGUCCCAGCUGUGAUAACUAUGUCACUUCAUGUAUCGGAAAAAACCGUAGACGGACUGCCAAUAGCUGAGGCAUGUCGUAAACUGGAAGAGGAGGGAGCGGCCGUGGUGGGUCUAAACUGUGGGCGUGGUCCAAGGACAAUGUUACCUACAAUCAGAGAAAUAAGAAAAAUAUGCAAGGGACCGAUAGCCGCUCUUCCCGUGACGUUUCGGACUACAGAUAAAUAUCCCUCGUGGUUCGCUUUAAAAGAUCCGGAUACAGAAAAGGACGUGUAUCCGACAAAUUUGUCCUGUGUUGCAUGUAGCCGGGAUGACAUCAGACAAUUUGCAGAAGAAGCGAAGGCGAUUGGUGUAAAUUACGUCGGACUUUGCUGCGGAAAUGCUCCAUUCUUCUUCCGGGAGCUAGCGGAAGUGUAUGGUCGGAAACCUGAUGCGUGCAAAUAUUCUCCUGAUGUAUCUGCAAACGUGAUUGUUGGCAAGCAUACAAAACAUUCACAAAAAAUGAAGGAAAUUGUAACGGCUGACAAGAUUUAAAGGUCCGACGAAUUGGUUUUACUCACUGGAAUUUCUACUCAGACAAGUUUACUCGGGAUAAUGUCCGUUCAAGGACAAAACGACGUCGAUAUUUCUGGAAAUAUUAUUACACGCCACAAAUGUAUUUUUCACAUGAUAUAUCAAUGAAAAAUGUUAGAAUUUUUGUAAAUCAACGCAGACAUCAAACAGGAGUUCAUUGCUGUAUUAUGUGGUUAAUUUCUGAAAUUAAGAAUUAUCAGUUAGACUAAAAGAAGAGAAAAAUAUCAUGAAACUUAUAUUUCUAUUCAAGUUACAAUAAAAUAUAUUCAUUACA